CCGUUUAUGUCGGGUCGACCCGCAGGGUAAGACCCGACCGUCCGGGCUUCCUCAGUCCGUCGUCGGCGGCGAUUGCUCAGAUCACAGGUGAGCGGGAAAGCUCAGCUCAGAGCCGCGGACAAUGGCUCCCAAGAAGCGGCAGCAGCAGAAGCAAGCCUCGAAGCCGAAAACGGGCAGCGGCAAGCAGUCAUCAGCAUCGUCAACCGGUGGCCCGAAGCUCCAGCUAUCGGCCGAGAACGAGAGCCGACUCCGCCGCCUCCUGCUGUACAGCUCGGCCUGCCCGUCGGCAGCUCCCUCCCCGGCUGACAACUCCCUGACCGUCGCCCAGAAGGCCAAGCGGCUCAGAACGGUCUACGAGAAGCUCUCCUGUGAAGGCUUCUCCAACGAUCAGAUUGAACAGGCUCUCUCUGCGCUCAAGGAUAGUGCCACUUUUGAGGCUGCUCUAGACUGGUUAUGCCUGAAUAUACCCGGAAAUGAGCUUCCUUUGAAGUUCUCUUCAGGGACUUCAAACACGAAUAAAGGAGGUUCGAUCAAUGUCCUUGUUUCUGCACGUGAAGAUUGGACUCCUUCAGAGGAUUCUUCUUCGAAGGUCGAUGAAGAACCCCAUGAGUUCUCUGUGAGGGUCAAGGGGCAAGGCAGGGAUGAUGCUCUGAGUUCAGACAAACAGUCGCAAGCAGAUUGGAUUAGGCGGUAUAUGGAACAGCAGGAAGAGGACGAAUCUGAAACUUGGGAAGAUUAUGCAGUCGAUAAGGAUUCCCGUGAGAAGGUACGUGAACCAAGGUCAUAUGAUGUUGUUGCUAAGGAGUACCAUGAUGCACGGUAUGAAGCUGCUAAGGCUAAGCAAAAGAAAGAUAAGAAAGCCCAGGAACUGGCAGGCCUUACUAUUCGCAAGCUAAAGCAAGAACUAUCCGCCCUAGGAUUAUCUGAUGACAUGUUGGCACUGGAAUUUGGUCAAAAACAUAAUUUUAGGAAUGCAUCCGAGGACAUCUCAAGUGGUUCAGGGGCAGUACCACUUGAUGUUGAAGGUUGUAAUUCUUCCGAUCUGCAUGUGGAUGAUGAAAUGAAUGACAAAAUUGAUAUGGACCAUCAAAGUACGGAGGACUUCAAGCAGCAACCUGGCACCCAGACUGAACCUGCUCGUAAAGAGAAUGCAUUAGAAAAUGACUUGGAAGAGGUAGAACUCGGUGGCUUCUUCACAGAAGAUACUUCACAAGAGGAACCUUUUGAAGUGUUGAGACUUCAAAGGAAAGAAAAUAUGAGACGCAGUGAGAAGAACCUGGACGGUUUCUGGAAGAAGGGGGAUCCGCCAAAGAUACCUAAGGCUAUUCUGCAUCAAUUUUGUCAAAGAUCAGGAUGGGAAGCCCCGAAGUUUGAUAAAGUGGCUGGCAGAGAUAGAGAGAUUUCCUAUACAGUCAGUGUAGUGCGUAAGGCCAGUGGAAGAGGCAAAAGCAGAAAAGCUGGAGGAUUAAUUACUCUUAAGCUUCCAGAUAACGAGGAAAUUGCUGGGUCGGCUGAGGAUGCACAAAAUAAAGUCGCUGCAUUUGCUCUCUAUCAGCUUUUUCCCGAUCUUCCUGUUCAUCUAGUAAUUACAGAGCCCUAUGCGUCACUUGUUAGGCGAUGGAUGGAAGAUGAGCAGUCAACUAAAAUAGAAGAUAGUGAAGAAGAUCGAAGGGCUGAUUUUGUGAGCUCAUUAUUGAAAUCAACCGCAAAAGAUGUUUCUGAGAGGUCGGCUCCUGAAAAGCUUCAGAUACCAUCUACGGAGGAGCAUAAUGCUUCAACUGUUGCCGUAGAAGCAGCUGCUGAAAGAAUGGAUCAUUCUAAAGAAGCGGAGAGUUCUUAUCUAAGACAGGAUCAGGAGAGGCGAAAGAAUCUGCAGAAAUACAAGGCUAUGUUGAAAGUUAGAGCUGCACUUCCAAUUGCUGGAUUGAAGAAUGACAUAUUACGAGUUCUGAAGGAGCAUGAUGUUCUUGUCGUAUGUGGGGAGACAGGCUCUGGAAAGACAACCCAGGUGCCGCAAUUUAUAUUGGAUGACAUGAUCGAAACCGGAUGCGGUGGUUAUUGUAACAUCAUAUGCACACAACCAAGGAGAAUAGCUGCUAUUUCAGUGGCUGAAAGGGUUUCUGAGGAGCGGUGCGAAAGUUCACCAGGUUCCAGGGGCUCUUUAGUUGGCUAUCAAGUUCGUCUUGAUAGUGCUAGGACUGACAAGACAAAACUCCUAUUCUGCACAACGGGUAUCCUCCUGAGGAAAAUUGCGGGUGACAACUUGACUGGGAUUACACAUGUCAUUGUCGAUGAAGUACAUGAGCGCUCAUUAUUGGGUGAUUUCCUGCUUAUUAUCUUGAAAAAUCUUCUUGAAAAACAAUCUGCUGAUGGCCCACAGAAGCUGAAAGUCAUUCUGAUGUCCGCGACAGUUGAUUCAAAUUUGUUUUCGAGGUACUUCGGCAAUUGCCCCGUUAUUACUGCACAGGGCCGGACGCAUCCUGUGCAAACACACUUUCUGGAGGAUAUAUAUGAAAAGCUGAAUUAUCGUCUUGCUUCAGAUUCUCCAGCUGCCAUAAGAUAUGAAACAUCCUCCAAGAGGGGCCCUGUUGACAACCGUAGAGGGAAGAAGAAUCUUGUGUUGUCUGGAUGGGGUGAUGAUUCUCUGUUAUCAGAAGACUGUGUGAAUCCAUAUUACGAAUCCAGUAGUUAUCAACCUUACAGUGAGCAGACCCAACUGAACUUGAGAAGAUUAAAUGAGGAUGUCAUCGAUUGCGAUCUUCUUGAAGAUUUAGUAUGUCUCAUUGAUGAGACCUGUGAUGAGGGUGCGAUACUUAUUUUUCUGCCGGGAGUCUAUGAAAUCCAUAUGUUAGUUGACAAGUUAGCUGCUUCCCAUCGAUUUGGUGGUUCAUCUUCUGAUUGGAUCCUUCCUUUGCAUUCAUCCAUAGCACCCAAGGAUCAAAAGAAGGUGUUUCUACGGCCUCCAGGGAAUGUCCGCAAGAUCAUUGUUGCCACAAAUAUUGCGGAGACCAGUAUCACAAUUGAUGAUGUUGUCUAUGUCAUAGACUGUGGGAAGCAUAAGGAAAAUCGUUAUGACCCCCGCAAGAAACUAACUAGCAUGGUAGAAGAUUGGAUAUCUCAAGCAAAUGCAAAGCAACGACGAGGAAGAGCUGGACGAGUAAAACCUGGGACAUGCUUUUGCUUGUACACUCGCCAUAGACAUGAAAAACUAAUGCGUGCCUUUCAGGCUCCGGAGAUGCUUCGAAUGCCAUUGAUAGAGUUAUGCUUACAAAUUAAGCUGCUUUCACUAGGUUAUAUAAAGCUUUUCUUGCUAAAGGCUCUAGAACCUCCCAAAGAAGAGGCUAUGAACUCAGCUAUUUCAUUGUUAUAUGAGGUUGGUGCCUUGGAAGGGAAUGAAGAGUUGACACCUCUUGGAUAUCACUUGGCAAAACUACCAGUUGAUGUGCUGAUUGGGAAGAUGAUGUUGUAUGGAGCAAUCUUUGGCUGCUUAUCACCGGUUCUUUCUAUAUCAGCCUUUCUGAGCUAUAAAUCACCAUUUUUGUACCCGAAAGACGAGAAACACAAUGUCGAAAGAGCAAAAUUGGCACUGCUGACUGAUAGAUCAGAUGGUCCAAGUAAUCUGAGUGAAGGUGAGAAACAAUCAGAUCACAUAUUGAUGAUGGUGGCAUACAAGAAAUGGGAGAAAAUUCUCAGGGAGAAAGGAGGCAAGGCUGCUCAACAGUUUUGCAGUUCAUACUUCUUGAGCAGUCCAGUGAUGUUCAUGAUAAGAGACAUGAGAGUGCAGUUCGGAACAUUGCUAGCAGACAUCGGGCUUAUCAAUCUUCCGAAGAACCAGAUCGGGAUUAAACAGAAGGAUAAUCUUGACAUCUGGCUUUCUGAUAAGUCUCAGCCGUUCAAUAUGCACUCUCAUCAUUCUUCAGUUGUAAAGGCAAUCAUUUGUGCAGGUCUAUAUCCCAAUGUAGCUGCCACUGAGCAGGGCAUUGCUGGGCCCGCUCUUAACAACCUUAAGCAGCCUUCUAGCGCUUUAAGAAAGGUUCCAGCUUGGUACGACGGAAGGAGAGAAGUUUAUAUGCACAAUUCGUCGAUCAACAGUGACUUGAAAUCACCUCAAUACCCAUUCCUCGUCUUCCUCGAAAAGGUGGAGACCAACAGAGUUUUUCUACGAGACACCACCAUUGUCUCUCCUUACUCAAUAUUGCUGUUUGGCGGAUCCAUUGAUGUUCAGCAUAAGACAGGACUAGUGAUCAUAGACGGAUGGCUGAAAUUGACAGCACCAGCACAAACUGCUGUUUUGUUCAAGGAACUCAGAUCAACUCUUCUUUCCGUUCUGGAGGUGCUCAUCAGAAAUCCCGAGAGCACAUCUACCAGUAAUGAGGUCAUCGGGUCUAUUAUCCAUUUGUUAUUGCAAGAAGAAAAGCCUGUAUACUGAAACUGAUCCAAUUCAGGACCUUUCAUUCAGAGUCUCUGUCGAAGCCCAAAACCGCUCAUCAGGAAAGAAGAAAAGAUGAUACCGAUUACGAUGACGAGGACUGAUAUGAAAAGAUAGCUUCAGUUGUGAUGAUUAUAUAGAUAUUAAAAGCAAUUUGAAACAUCGGACUGGCUAUUCUCUGGGCAUUCGAUGGUGACCGAGUCUUUCUAGGACAUUAGCAUUUGGCCAAGAACCGCUUCAGAAAUUAAAAUCGAAAGAUCAUUGUUUUUUCUUCUUUGAAUAUCGAGAAUACAAUCUGAUGAUAUGACAUCGCAGCUGCUCGAAUCCGGGCAAUUAAAAUCCU